ACCACGUGACCCGAGUGGUAGGGGCCUAGUGUUUGCAGAGCCAGAGACAGAAAAGAAAAAUGGCGGCUCUAGGCGAACCUGAACGGGACGCCGGGCUAACAUUUUGAGCUUUCACAGCCGAGGAAACGCACAGGCUUUCGGCUUUGCAUGCCCGCCGCCCCUACGACCGCUCCGGUCUUACGCGGGGACCGCUUUUCGUCAGCUUCACCGUCGCCUAAGCGGACGCAAUCAUUGGGAUUGUAAAAUAAGAGCGUUUGCCUAUCAUGAGAGGGAAAAGGGGCAGGCCGCCCAAACCGCUAGCAACCGAGGAGCAAUCGCCAGCUCCGGCUACGACCAGGGGCUUGCGGCCGAGGAGGAAUAUCAAGCCCCGUUUCCGGGACAGCGGGGACGAGGAGGUCGAGAGCCCCGUGCGGAAAGCGCCUAAACCGGCCAAGAAAAAGAAAGUGGGAUCUGUCAUCUCGGCGCGAGGCAGGGGACGAGGCAGAGGUGGCCGCGGAGGAAGAGGGGGUCGUGGAGGCAGGAAGGCGCCUGGAACAAAAACCAUAGUUUACGACGACCACGAGAGCGAAGAGGACGACGACGCUGUCAGUUUGCGGUCGGAGGAGGAAGAAGUGGUCGAGGAGGACCCUCGGUCCGAAGAGGACGAGGCCCUCAAGAACGACUCGGACUGUUUGGAUGAUGUACUGGACGAGCAGGAGAAUGAGGAGGAGGAGGUGGAAGAGGAUGCCAGCUACUGUACGGAGAGUAGCUUUCGGAGUCAGAGCACACACGCCAGCACUCCGGGAAAGAAAAAGGUCCAUGCCCCCCGGCCCCGCACCCCCAUUUUGGAGGAGAAAAACAUUCCCUUUCUUGAGCUGCCCAAAUCUUCUGAGGAUCUCCUGGUCCCGUGUGAAGAGCUGCUAAACGCAACCUCUGUCUAUGAGGUGCUUCGGAACUUCAGCAAGGUUCUUCGACUGUCCCCCUUCCGCUUUGAGGACUUUUGCUCGGCACUCAUCAGCCAAGAACAAUGCACUUUAAUCGCCGAGACUCACAUUUCUCUGCUGAAGGCCAUCUUGCAUGAAGAGGAAACCUCCAACACUAGUUUUGGGCCCGCUGACCUCAAGGACAGCGUCAACUCCACUCUGUACUUCAUCGAUGGCAUGACGUGGCCAGAGGUGUUACGGGCCUACUGUGAGAGUGACAAAGAGUAUCACUACGUCCUACCGUAUCAGGAACUGAAUGACUAUCCUUAUGGUCCUGUUGAAAGUAAGAUCAAGGUGCUUCAGUUCUUGGUGAAUCAGUUUCUCACCACCAACGUUGCUCGUGAAGAGCUCAUGUCCGAUGGCGUCAUGCAGUAUGACGACCACUGUCGCAUGUGUCACCGGCUGGGUGACCUGCUCUGCUGUGAGACCUGCUCUGCAGUUUACCACUUAGAAUGUGUAAAGCCACCACUGACCGAGGUUCCGGAAGACGAGUGGCAGUGUGAGAUCUGUGUGGCGCAUCAAGUACCCGGAGUUACGGACUGUGUGACAGAAGCGCAGAAGAACAGGCCUUACAUACGCCAGGAGCCUAUUGGUUAUGACCGCCAUCAGAGGAAAUACUGGUUUCUCAGCAGAAGAAUUAUUAUUGAAGAAGAUGGAGAGCACGAGAAGAAAAAAAUCUGGUACUAUAGCAGCAGAGCCCAGCUCGAGGAGCUCCUAGAGUGCCUGGAUAAGGAGUACUGGGAAAUGGACCUUUGUGCCACUCUGGAGGAGAUGAAGGAGGAAAUUCAAACUCAUAUGGACAUCACAGAAGAACUUACUAAUACAGCUCGUGGAAACAAUAAAGCCUACCUCACUGCUGUCAAUGAGAUAGUCAAGGAACGUUUAAAGAUCAGACGGAAAGCACAGGAGGCAAAUAGGCAAGAAGAGGAAGUGAAGCCACCAGCAGGAACAAGUUCUGGAAAGACAGUGAGUGAUACUGCCAAUGUCACAUCACAGCUUGGAGAUAGAGAGCCAAAAGAUGUCAAACACGAGGACUCAACUACUUCACCAGCAGCAGCCACCAUGCCAACUGUUGCCCAGGAGAGCAUCAUGUCUGAUUCCAGCACAGCCCCACAGGAGUCAACUGAAUUUCCAGAUUCAAAAAUAGCUGCCCAGAGUGGGGAAUCUCCUCCAGUGGUAAAGCUGGAAAGGACAGAUGAAAAUACUAAAGUCACAUCGAGCACUGAAUCCACGCUAGCACAAACACAGGACAAGCAACCAGAAGGAGGUUGUCAGGUCUCUAACAGUGGGACUCCCAGGAAACCAGAGCAGCCUGACCUGUGUGAGAGGUCCUCUCGCUCUUCUUUUACCAGCCAAAAUGGCUCAGGUGCAUCAUAUGAGGACUGUAAGGAAAACCUGAGGAGCAGUAGAGCAAGUGGAUCAGUGCCCGAAACUAUGAAGCCCAGAAAAAGCAAAGAGUCAUCUCCUGCUCCCCCUGAUGAAGAAACAUCCCAUUCCAGCUCUUUGAAAAGUGACUAUGCGUUCAACUUGAACAACCUGUUCAAACUGGGUCAGGAAGGUAAAUAUAGGGUAUACCACAACCAAUACAGCACCAAUACCCUGGCGCUCAACAAGCAUCAGCACCGGGAAGACCACGACAAAAGGCGCCACCUCUCCCACAAGUUCAGCUUGACAACUGCAUCUGAGUUUAAGUGGAAUGGCUCCAUCUACGGAUCCCGGAGCCUGACAAUAACCACCCUGCGUUUCAAUAUCAUCCAGCUGGAGAGCAAUGUCCCGACACCUUUUAUGCACCUUAACUGGGCAUCGCACAGAACCAACUGGAACAAAGCAGUACAAAUGUGCAGCAAAGCGAGAGAAUUUGCUCUGGCAUUGGCCAUACUGGAGUGUGCCAUUAAACCAGUUGUCAUGCUACCUGUGUGGAAAGAGUCUCUCGGACACACAAGGCUACAUCGCAUGACCGCCAUGGAGCGUGAAGAGAAAGAGAAAGUGAAAAAACGGGAGAAAAAACUGGAAGAUGAGGAGUCUCUCCAGCAGGCCACAUGGGUGAAAUAUAGUGUUAACAUCAAACACCAGGUGUGGAAGCAAAAGGGUGAGGAGUACAGAGUGACGGGGUAUGGUGGCUGGAGCUGGGUCAGUAAGACUCGUGUAUUACGUUUUGUUCCCAAGUUACCAGGAAACACCAACACGAACUAUCGUAAAGAACUUGAAGCCAAAGUAAGCAAGGAAAAUUCUGCUUGCACAAAUAAAAAGAAAAAGGCACAGGAUGAAAUGAAGCCCACUCAAAAUACGGCAGAAAACAAGCAGCAGGUUUCCAUAACUGAGCCAGCUCAAACCUCUUCAUCAGAACAAAAAGCAUCAAAAGAGGAAGUGAAGUGCACAGAAGAGGAGCAAGAAAAGGGUGAAAAUAACAAAAUGGAGAUUGAACACAGCCUGAAUACGGCACCUUCAAAUGAGGAAAAGGAAAACGUUGAAAACAAAGGCCCUUCCAUGCCAGCUGUGCAGCCUGUAAAAGAAGAGCCAAUCCAGAAAUUUGACCAGCCCAAAGAGGAGACCGCUGCACUGAAGCCUUUAUAUGACGUUGUCAAUGUGAGUGAAGGAUUCCAUUUGCGGACAAUUUAUAAGCAGAAGGUAAAGCCUUCUAAAUUGGAUGGGCUCUUGGAGCGGCGUGUUAGACAAUUCACCUUGGAAGAGAAGGAGAGACUGGAGCGGUUCAGACAGUCGACUUUCCUGUCAAAAAUGGCUUCUGCAAGGUCUUCUUUAGUCAAGACUGAAGGAACUCCAUCAGCUAAACAGCUGCCUGUCAUGAGUUCAAUUAAAACCGAAGAAAAGCAAGUGAAAAAUCCUGUUGUUAAAAAGCUUGACUUUGAAGAGAAACAUAAUGAGCGCAAAAUAAAUACGGAUGUUGAAUCAAACUCCAAGGCAAUCAACCAAAGCAUAAAGAUGGAAUUCGAUCAUGUGCAUGGCAAUAGCGGAGCUGCUACACCACACAAAGACGUGAAUGGAGAAAUGACUGGAAGCACAGAGAUCAACGGUAAAACCAAUUAUAAAUCCGAAGCAACUGAAAGUCAGGAGAAAACUCAGAAACAAGAGGUGGUGCCAACGGGUGAGAACGUGAAGAAACGUAGCUUUGAGGAAAUGGAGCAAGGCAGUCGGCAGGCUAAUAAGGAGAUCACGGAUGCCGACCAAAGCAAGACCGAUGCCGGGCAGGUUAAUGGAGAAACUGGGAUCAUUGCUGGUUCAAAUCCAGCCCAAAGUGAAAACAAAGAGCUUGUCAAACCUCUAAUGAAUGGAAAUCUCUCCCAAGAUGAUUCUCUAUUCAGCAGUCAUCCACCUCCCCCAAAGAUUCCUAAAUUAGAGAAUCAUGUGGCUAAUACGCGAGAUUCUCAAAAUAUUGCAAGAAAUUAUAAGGAUCCUCUUGUAAAAUCAGAAGAAACAGUGCCUGAUACUUCUCAAAGUUCAACUCUGUCUUCCCUUAAUAGUUUUGACAAUUGCACGAUUACAAAUGAUGCAAAGGCAUCAACACAAAAUGUAUUACAGUCUCAAAAUGCCCCAAUAUCUGCAGCAAAUUGCACAGACUCUUCCACAUCAAACUCUACUAUUAAGACAGGCAUUUCUCAGAAGCCUGCCAGUGCAGGUGUCACUAAUUCAAAGCUGGGCAUCGCCACCUCAACUGCAAACGGUUCCAUGACAAUAAGCAAUGAGUAUUCCACCAGUGACAGAGUCAGUCUUCUCAAGUUUGGCAAAUGUAAGAAGGCGCGAUCGGGCACGGCACUACCAUCCUAUCGCAAAUUUGUCACCAAAAGUAGCAAAAAGAGCAUCUUCGUCCUGCCCAAUGAUGACCUGAAAAGGCUGGCGAGGAGAGGAGGUUUCAGAGAGGUUCCCAUCUUUAACUACAAUGCCAAACCAGCCCUGGAUAUUUGGCCCUACCCCUCGCCUCGGCCUACAUUUGGAAUCACAUGGAGGUACCGUCUUCAGACAGUGAGAUCACUGGCAGGAGUUAGCCUAAUGCUUAGGUUACUCUGGGCCUGUCUAAGGUGGGAUGACAUGGCUGUGAAGCCCUCCGUUGGUGUAGGACUUACAAGGAAAGAAACUACAGACACGGAUAUCACCACAACAGAGAUCAUCAAACGAAGAGAUGUCGGGCCUUACGGCAUCUACUCAGAAUAUUGUAUCAGGAAAAUUAUCUGUCCUCUUGGAAACAAGGACUCUCCUAAAGAAACUCCGACUCCACAAAGGAAAGGUCUGCGAUCAAGUGCUUUGAGGCCCAAAAAACAGGAGCCAACAAAGCCAACUGGACCUAUUGCUGUGGAGACUUGGAUUCCUGAAGAGGACCUUGAGCUGUGGGAGAUCAGAGCCUUUGCAGAAAAAAUGGAGAAAGAGAAAUCACAAGGACCAGAUUCCUCAAAGACUGUCAGUAGCUUUAAGAGUGCGGAAGAUGUCAAGGCGCAUUUGGAGAAUCAGCUUAAACAGACCAGACUGGCUGCCCAGCAGAAACGUUUUGAACAACAAGCCGCAUCCACAGCUGCAACAACAACAACCACCACCACUUCCACUACCACCACUUCAUCCAGCCCUUCAACUUCUGUUAGUACGCCUAUGUCUACCGGACAGAGAACAGUUCCUGCCACAUCGGGGACCAAGAUGGUCUUGGCCUCAAAAUUGGGUUCUCCACUCUCCCUGCAUCAAGACAAGAACUUCCACCAGUCUUUUGCCACGUGGGUCAAACAGGGUCAGCCCAGUAAUAAUACAGAGGAGAACAAAUGCACCAGCAUAUUCCCAUCCGGGCCUCCUGCAAACCUGAGGACGUACAGUACACUGCAUCCUACAACUGGCAAUAUCAACCUCAGAGCUACUAACUCGUCAUCUUCACAACAAAAGCUGAAAGCAGAAAGCCAAACACAACCUGGAGCAAGUCCUCUGUUGGCUUCACAAAGCAAUUCCCAAAUGGGCCAAGGGCAAGUUGGUUCUGCAGCUGUGUCUGGUUCGACUCCUGUGCCGACAACUGAUAGUCAGAGAGUUACAGGUCCUGUGCCAUCAUCACCUUGUGCUCCCAGCACAACGCCCGGACAGCGACCAGCAGCUCCCUCCCAGCCAAGUAGACCACAGCAGGGUCAAGUCAAACUCACUAUGGCGCAGCUAAUGCAGUUAACACAGAGUGCUGAGGCAGGAAAUCCAGGCCUGACUGUGGUGAUCCAAGGUCAUGGCCAGACUGAGGGCCAGCUGCAAAUUGUCCCACAGGGCGUAACAGUCAUCCCUGCCGCUGGUCAGCAGCUUAUGCAGGCAGCUAUGCCUAAUGGUCAAGUGCAUCGCUUCCUCUUCACGCCAAUGCCAGCAUCGCCCUCAGUUUCAAGUUCUGCCCCCGUUGCAGCUGUUCCUGCAAAACCUGCUGCAUUACCAAGUCCCCAAACCCAAAUAUCAACUCCUGCUCUAUCGAGAUCCAAUGUCCAGACUACUGCUUCAGCUUUUGCCCAGACCCAAAUGGCAGCCCCAAUCCCAGCUCCAACACAACCCAUUCCACCUCUUUCUCCGCAAAAGAGUCAAAAUUUGGGGACCACCCCAGCCUCUGUCCCUAUACCUACCCAAGUGUCACCCUCUGUUCCUACAACAGUGCACGUUUCUCAACAGGCACCAGUACAAACCAACAUUUUGGCACCUUCACCACAAAUAUCUCCUGUUGCUACCCAGGCUAUGUCACAAACACUAGUUUCAUCGUCCUUAACAGCCUCGUCCCCAGGACAACCUGCAGUUGCAAAGUGUGCGCCUGCUUCACAACAAAAUGCAGGGCAAACUGUUAUUCAGACCCAAAUAUUAGAAAAGACUGGAACAGCAGUGGCUGUGGCUGUUACAGGACAGGUUUCACCUCAAUCCCAGGUCCAGGUGCAAACUUUGCCCACUUCGACAGCCUCUACAACCGCUCCAGUCCAGAUGCAUGUUACUGCCCUUGCCUCUACUUUUGUCCCUCUGUCAGGUAAUACUGCUAUCCAAUUUGCUAAGUCCACCCAAAUGCAGUGCAUUUCAACGGCUGUCCCCUCACCUGUCCAAGUCCCAACAUCGGCCCUCACUCCUGCUUCUUGUCCUGUCAUCGCUGUGGUUUCCAAUCAAAUUGGCGUCCUAUCCUCAGCAAAAGCACUCAGCCAAAUUCACACUGUAGCUGCUCCUCCACUUCCUUCAGCUGCAGCAAAUGCUGUCGUCACACCAGUUACGGCUACAUGCACAACACCUUCAGUGCCAGCGCUAAUAGAGCAAAGGGACACUCAGCCCCAGGUUUGGAAACCAGCUACAUGUGAAGCCCGCAUUCCAGUCCAUUCCGUUCAACAGGCAACCAUUCCCAAUCCACCUGCCCUCAAUCCAGUUCCUACCGGUACUCUGGCAUCAGGUUCCACACCUGUUUCCCCAUUACCACAAGCAUCGCUUUCCCUGCAUGCUCAAGUACAGCACCCUGCAACAGUUUCUGUACAGCAGGUGUCUCAGAUUCCUCUCUCCGCUGUGCAGCUCCAAAUGAAGGGGUUACCAGUCUCCACUGUAGUGACUACAGUUAGACAGCCCCAAGCAUUCAAUCAACUGCAGCCCCGACCUCAAAACCAAAUCUGUGCACAGAUUCAGGUCCAGCCUUCUGGUCAAGCCCAACAAAUACAACACAUUCAGUCUCCACCUCAUCUCCAGGCACAAGCGCAAAUCCACCCCCAAAUCAGAGUUCAAUUUCAGCCACAAACUCAGCAACCAUCCCAAACCCAAGUACAACAGGUUCCUCAAAUUCAACCCCAGGUCCAAUUUCAGUCUCCAAAGCCAGCCUUGCCUCAGAUUCAAGUUCAACAACCACCAAGAAUCCAACCCCAGUACCAGUCACAGGGACAAGGUGCACCUCAAACACAAUUGCAAACUCAACCUCUAACUCAACAACAGUGUCCAAUCCAAACCCAGGUUCAGGUCCAGUUUCAGCAACAAAAUCAGAUUCACCCUCCAACUCAAGCUUCUCAGCAACCUCAAAUUCAGAGUCCCACACCGAUUAAAAGUCCAAUUCAAACCCAAACUCACUUCAAAGCACAGUCUCCAACCCAGGUUCAAGUCCAGACUCCCCCAGUACCCCAAGUGCAAGGGCAGGUUCAAGUCCAAUUCCAAUCUCCAAACCAAACCCACGUUAAUGCUCAGCCUCAGCUUCAGGUCCAGCCCUCAAUUAGGCAUCAACUCAUUACUCUUCCAGGGAUGCAACAACCAGUACAACUCUUGUCAGCUCUUCCGCCUCAUGUUGCGGCCCAGAUCCAAGCGCAGAUCCAAGCUCAAGCACAGCAGCAAGGUAGCGCAGUUACGCAGCAGAUCAAACUACAACUGCCGAUCCAGAUCCAGCAGACAGGUGGUCAAAUUCAGGGACACCAAAUCCAGAACAUGGUGACGAUACAGGCACCCACAAACCUGCAGGACCAACUGCAUAGGAUGCAACAACAGAGAGACCAGCAGCCACACUCUCAGCAGCAGCAGCAGCACCACCCACUGCAACAGCAACCUACACCACCUAAGAAGAAAAAAUACCACGAAAAGAGGGAGCUAAAGGAUCCAAAUCAGUUGUCUGUGAGCCCGGGAGAUGGUAUUCAUAAACAGGUGGGAGCAAAGCAAAGUGUUACUGCAGAACAGCUGAAGCAGAGGAAAACGCUAGCUGCUGCUGAGCGAGAGGAGAACCAAAGAAUGAUAGUGUGCAACCAGGUGAUGAAAUACAUUUUGGAUAAGAUUGAGAAGGAUGAGAAGCAAGCAGCCAAGAAAAGAAAGAAGGAGGAAGUUGUUGAGCUGAAGCGCUCGAAGCAGAAUGCAACCAAGCUGACUGCAUUGUUGUACAAGCACAAAGAGCAUCUGAAGGCUGAGAUUCUAAAAAAGAGGGCUCUGCUGGAUAAAGACCUUCAGCUGCAAGUGCAAGAGGAGCUGAGGCGGGACAUUGCCAAACUACAGAAAGAAAAGGAGAAAGCUCGAGCCGCUAUCGCCCAGGCCGCGGCAGCAACUGUCAAGUCAUCUUCCCACUCCUCGCAUUCUUCACACUCUUCCCACUCCACACAUUCUUCCCGCCCAUCACACUCAACACAUUCCUCACACAGCAACCGCACAGCAGGGCCAUCUUCCUCAUCGCAUAAGCGUAAACGGGAAGAGGAGCGAGGCAAAGACCGAAACAGGGAUAGGGAGCGGCAUCAUGACAAGAAACGGGAACGCGAACGAGACAAAGACCGGGAUCGGUACAAAGACAGAGAAAAAGACAGAGACCGCGAUCGAGAGAAGGAGAGGAUGAGAGAACGAGAGCAUACUCGACCUCAGGACAGGGAUAAGGUCAGGGAAAGGGAACGAGACAAAGACAGAGAUCCCUUCUCACUAAAACACAAGAAAAAGAAGAAGCAGCUUUCCUCUACCUCAAGGGAUCACAAAAAGGACAAUAAAUUGUACUGUAUCUGUAAAACGCCGUACGAUGAGUCCAAGUUUUACAUAGGGUGUGACCUGUGUUCCAAUUGGUUCCAUGGUGCAUGUGUGGGCAUCACUGAGAAGGAAGCGAAGAAGCUAGAGGACUUUGUGUGUAAUGAUUGUAAACGGGGCCAUGAAGGAGGAAGCAAAGAGGAGCUCUACUGCAUCUGUCGGACACCAUACGAUGAAUCACAGUUUUACAUCGGUUGUGACCGGUGCCAGAACUGGUACCAUGGGCGUUGUGUGGGCAUCCUACAGAGCGAGGCCAAUCACAUCGACGUGUAUGUUUGCCCGCAGUGUCAGUCAACAGAAGACGCCAUGACCGUCUUCACGCCACUUACUGACAAAGAUUAUGAAGGCUUGAAAAGAAUAUUACGCUCCUUACAGUCACACAAGAUGGCAUGGCCUUUCCUUGAACCAGUGGAUCCGCAUGAUGCACCCGAUUAUUAUCGCGUCAUUAAAGAACCAAUGGACUUUUCCACAAUGGAAAGCCGUUUACAAAAGCGGCAUUACCACAAGCUCACUGAGUUUGUGGCUGACGUGACCAAAAUCUUUGACAACUGCCGCUACUACAACCCCAAUGACACGCCCUUCUUUCAGUGUGCGGAGAUGCUGGAAGGCUUCUUUGUACAGAAGCUCAAAUGUUUCAAAGCUGGCAGAUUGUCAGAUUCUUAAACGGGCCAGUCUAGCUGGACUCUGGACUGGAUGCUUGUCGCUCUAAUAUUCAGGGCAAGAAUGUUCAGUAAUCACUAUAAAGUGGCAGCCAUGUUGAAGUUAGACCAUCAGUUGAAUGAUGAGGAUGCUUUUUUUCUCUUUUUUUGGUCAAUCCGCAUCAAGUUAUUAAUCUUUGUCAACAAGCUGCCACAGCAGUUAGCAAUUUGGGGCCGGUUUUAAUUACAAAUGACCCAGUUUGUAUUUUAUGAUGUACUGUACAUCUUGGUUAAGGUUGGAGUUUACCAGUUGCAUAUUUUAUUACAGACAUAUUUAUGAGAAGUAUCACUUGGCUCCACCUUCUUGGUUUGAAUAUUGUAUGUUAAGGUUAAUGUACAUACUUUUAUGAUGUACAGUGGUUGUAAUAUAUCUUGUUUUUAAACAAAUAAUCUUUAUGUGAGAAUACAUGAUCAACAUUGAUCAUUAUUCUGUUCCACUGCUCCCUAAAAUAAUGUAGUCAGUACAAAUUGUCAUUAAGGAAAAAGGCAUUUCCCGACCACAACAUCCAACAUGGCUGUAGGAUCAUCUUCCAGAGAACCUUUUCAUGCAUCCGCUGUGUUUGUGCGAUUGUUAUUCACAUUUCAAAACAACAGAACAUAAGGUCUCUCAACUACGCCCUUUCUCCACAUGUUGUAGGUCUCAUAACAACAAGCUACAGUCUACAACCUCUUAGAGCACGUUGCACAUUGCUCAAGUGCGGAAAAAUAAAAAUGCACUUGCCAAGACGUUUGGCUUUUCUCGACUCUCGACUGUCCCUCUGUGACACCCACCCUGUGUUGGGGAUGUGCUCCUCUAAGUGCGCAACCAAGCACCGCUGCUUUUACAGAGUUGGUCAGGCGCACCAUUUCAGCUCCAAGGGACCCUUUUUUUUUUUUUUUUUUUUGUACCUGUCUUCGUAAGCGGAACUGUUCGGACAAGCUGGCAUUUCACAGGAACUUUACCUCAGAGAAAAGACUCUCAAGAGCUCUUAUGUUUCCAUGUACUUUAUUUUUUGAUCGCGUCUUUGGAUCUUUUCGUCAUUCUUGUUAUCGUCACUGGCCAUCCAAAUGAGAAAUCGGAAACUGAAAACAAUGGCUGAGUUUUACUGAGCAUACUAAAAUUAUGUUGUAUCUACGUCCUUUUUGUACCGUUUCUAUUUUUCAGGCUGAAGUGGCAUGAGAAGACUGUUCAGUACUAAAUGUCCGGACAACAGUAGAUGCUUGUUAGGCUCUUUACCUUGCUCUGCAAUAGUGACUGACUUAAGAAUGAUGAAUCUGUGUAUUUGAAGGUUUCUGCUCUGUUUGUUAAAAAAAAAAAAAAAAAAAAACGAAUUAAAAAAAAACAAGUCAAGUUUUGACUUGUUUGUUUUUUGUAUCACAGCCAAGAAAAUAUGGAUGUAUAUGAAAGUUAAUAAAAU